UAUUGGCUAGGUGACGUUCUUAUGAUGGUUAAAUUACAGUGUUGCCCCUCUGUUAUCCAAGUCAACAUAAAAACCCAGAAAAAACCAUCGAAAUUCAAUACCAACGACCGCUACAGUGAGCCGGUAAUCUCCGUCUCUCAACUGAAAAAUGGACGACGGCGGCGUUUCGAAAGCAGUGGCAGUGGUGGCCUGCGCUGCCAUGGCGCUGUUCUACGUAGCCAUUCUCUACGCCCCGACUCUGAUCCUCCGUCUCCCUCCUCCUCCUUCCUUCAAGAACUUCAUGAUCCGACGGUUCUUAUGCGCCGCCAUUUCAUCCGUCGUCUCCGUCGUCGUCUCCUCCCUCCUACUCCCUAUGAAAAGCAGGGACGUAUCAUCUCUGUUAAGUGUAUACGGAAUCCGAACGGACCAUAUUUGGCAAGCCAUGGUCUUUCCUCUGUCUUUGACUGCUCUCAUGUAUGCUGGAUCCUUGGUCCUUAAGGUGCUAAUGCUAGUGAAUUCAUUGAGGGAAGAUAUGAAUUAUGGUGGAGGCUUUUCGUUCGAAUAUAUCAAAAAUGUCUCACAAGAGGCUGUUGCCUGCACGCGCUCAAUGGCUUCCAAUGUCUUGGUUUGGCGUAAUUAUAUUGUGGCUCCUAUUACCGAAGAGUUGGUGUUUAGAGCAUGUAUGAUCCCAUUACUUCUCUGCGGAGGAUUCCAAAAAUCCACAGUCAUCUUACUCUGCCCCAUUUUCUUUAGUUUGGCACAUUUAAAUCAUCUAAUGGAGGUCUACAGCAGGCAAAACUAUAACUUGAUGAAAGCCUUCAUGGUUAUAGGUCUCCAGCUUGGCUAUACCGUCGUCUUUGGCUCAUAUGCAUCUUUUCUCUUCAUUCAAACUGGACAUUUUCUUGCUCCUUUAGUUGCUCACGCAUUCUGCAACUUUAUGGGAUUGCCUAUGCUAGUUUCACGAGGGAAAGGGUUAAUAGCCAUGGCGUCUGUAGCUGGAAUUGUGGGUUUCCUGUGCUUACUUUUUCCAAUGACGCACCCAGAUUUGUAUAAUGAUAGGACAGAUAAUUGCAGAUGUUGGCAAGGAUAUUGUUCUGGAAACUAAGCCUCUCAAAUCUUCGGAAGAAAUAGGUUUGUUCAAUUCUAACUCCUUUUCUAGCAUUAUUUGGCGUCACAUUACAUUGCUUCUUCAGCUAAAAGGAAAUAUAGAAAACAGCAGAGGAUUUUUAGUUUUCUAUUUGUAUAUUCUUCCUCCUUUAUUAUUCUGCUGAGUUCUUGAACACAAAUGUUGUGAAUUACAUUGAAAUUGUACUCCCUUUUUUCGCUUACUCUCGAACAAAAUUAUGUACUUUUUAAUGUACUACAAAGAGGAAUUUGAAGCUUAUUGUGA